CUCAGAUUGCUGUGAAUGGAAGGAGAUUUGUUGGUACCGGUAGAAGGGGGCUGGAGUGACAAACAAAACAAGACGCCUCGCAGUGCCAACCAUCACAGCGGGCGCAGAGCGGAGACCGUGAAGAUGGCAGCCGUCCUCUGGGCACUCAUAGCACUAGGUCUGGGUCCGGUCAUCGAUUCGGCACCGUUACCGUGGGCCGCGCUUGCCGCCGGUCACUCUGAACUGAUAUCGGAGGCCGUCGCCAAUUACAACAAAGGAUCCGACUCGGAGUUUGUGUUCACAUUGCUUGCGGAUGAGGAUGGAGGGAAGACGGAGCCCGAAGAACCAAACGACGUGAAAUUCUCCAUCAAGGAGACAGUUUGUCAAAAAUCUGAAUAUAAAACGACUGAGAGAUGUGACUAUAAAGCCGGAGGGGUGGAGAAAAGCUGCACGGCCUCGAUGAAGGAAAAUCACUUCACAGUCAUCUGUACGAACAUAGCAGACGGGAAUAAUAAAGAUGGAGGACUUGUCGCAAAGUCUUCAGAAGGAGAGCGGGGCCACCAUAAAGGACCUUCUCGUGAGCGCACCGUCAUCAUUACAGAAAAGCGAGUGAUUCCAGAGGAGGAGGAAAAGUCCCCGGAGGAUGAGGAUGACGAUUACGACCUGCCAGACACAGUGAUAGAAUUCCACGACGACCGUCAGGAGGGCGACGGGGCGGAUCGCCGAUCAGAGAGCCAAGAACGGAGGGUGUUCCAUGGGGACAUCUUGGGAAGGCUUCUGUGCCUGAGCUGUAUCAUUGACAUAUUCCCCAGAAAGUAAACGGGGGGGGGGGGGGACUACAGAGCACCGGUCUACCCAAAUUUAUAUAUUUCAGUUAUUGGUGGAGUCUGGUGGGUGGGGCCACAUGUUGGCUUCUUUCAUCUCUUUUGCCCAAAAUGGACCGUUCUUCCCAUUGGAGGAAAGAGCACAACCGUCCGUUCACACAUCUAGCUUUAUAUUCCUUCCGUCACUCCCACAGGGGGCUGUUCAGUGAUUUCAGUGACCUCAUCUCAUUAUCUACUAUAGAAGGCGGGCUUUAUGACCUCAUCUCAUUAUCUACUAUAGAAGGCGGGCUUUAUGACCUCAUCUCAUUAUCUACUAUAGAAGGCGGGCUUUAUGACCUCAUCUCAUUAUCUACUAUAGAAGGCGGGCUUUAUGAUCUCAUUAUCUACUAUAGAAGGCGGGCUUUAUGACCUCAGCUCAUUAUCUACUAUAGAAGGCGGGCUUUAUGACAUCAUCUCAUUAUCUACUAUAGAAGGCGGGCUUUAUGACCUCAUCUCAUUAUCUACUAUAGAAGGCGGGCUUUAUGACCUCAUCUCAUUAUCUACUAUAGAAGGCGGGCUUUAUGACCUCAGCUCAUUAUCUACUAUAGAAGGCGGGCUUUAUGACAUCAUCUCAUUAUCUACUAUAGAAGGCGGGCUUUAUGACCUCAUCUCAUUAUCUACUAUAGAAGGCGGGCUUUAUGACCUCAUCUCAUUAUCUACUAUAGAAGGCAGGCUUUAUGACCUCAUCUCAUUAUCUACUAUAGAAGGCGGGCUUUAUGACCUCAUCUCAUAAUCUACUAUAGAAGGCAGGCUUUAUGACCUCAUCUCAUUAUCUACUAUAGAAGGCAGGCUUUAUGACCUCAUCUCAUUAUCUACUAUAGAAGGCGGCUUUAUGACCUCAUCUCAUUAUCUACUAUAGAAGGCGGGCUGUAUGACCUCAUCUCAUUAUCUACUAUAGAAGGCAGGCUUUAUGACCUCAUCUCAUUAUCUACUAUAGAAGGCGGGCUUUAUGACCUCAUCUCAUUAUCUACUAUAGAAGGCGGGCUUUAUGACAUCAUCUCAUUAUCUACUAUAGAAAGCGGGCUUUAUGACCUCAUCUCCUUAUCUACUAUAGAAAGUGGAAAUGAAGAAAUUGAAUUUGGGACUUUUAAGGCGCAGAAUAAGAUACAAUAGUAUCAAGUACGAUAUGUAAGAAUUUUUUGAUUUAAAGAGCUGAGGGCUGUAAAUGACUGAACCGCCCCCUCUGGGAGUAUCCCCUUUUAUGUUAAAGUGUCUGCAAAUCAUAAAUAAAAGUUUGAAUAUAUAGGGGCAGAUCCACAAAAGAAUUACGCCGGCGUAUCUUUUGAAACGCCGGCGUAAUUUUAAAUUUCCCGC